AUGUCAUGUCCCAACAAUGUGACUCCCAACUCGUUUUUGAUGGACUCGUUGGCCGGUACCUGCCGGGGAGAGAAUUACUCCUCUAAUCAAGGAAUGUACAUGCAGUCGGCGAGCGACUUCAGCUGUGGGAUGAUGAGGAACUGUGGGAUCAUCCCGGCUCUUUCCAAAAGAGACGAGGUGAACCACGCCGGCGGGCUGUCCCUCAACACCUACCCGCCUUACCUUUCUCAGCUAGACGCCUGGUGUGACCCCAAAAACGCCUACCGACUCGAGCAACCUGUUGCAAGGCAGCUGCCCUCCUGCUCCUUCCCGGCCAGUGUCAAGGAAGAAAAUGCUUGUUGCAUGUACAACGCCGAGAAAAGGGCGAAAAGCGCCUCCGAGGUCACCCUCUACCCCGGGCAGAUGCCUGAAGCUUGCCUCGCUGACCAAGAGGUGCCCCUGCCUAGCUACUACCGCGCCAGCCCAGGCUACUCCACCCUGGAGAAGGCGCCCAGCGGCGGCAGCCCCAGCGCCUUCGAGGCCGGUUUCGAACCCAGGGCGGGUCUCGGCCAACCGGGCGAGCGUCGGGAGCAGACCCCGGCAACAGGGGGCUUCCCCGAAAGCGCCAAGCCGGAGCCCAACCUGCGGAACAGCCCGGCUGGCGACGUCAAGACCGAGAAGGGUCUGGCCGGGGCCAAACUCAGCCCGUCGGAAAGCGAGCAAAGCGGGCAGAAGUGCGCCGAGAGCAGCAGUGACAAUUCCGACCACGAGGCAAAAGAGGAUAUAAAGGCAGAAAACACGACAGGAAAUUGGCUGACAGCAAAGAGCGGAAGAAAGAAAAGGUGCCCUUACACUAAACAUCAGACGUUGGAACUGGAGAAGGAAUUCUUAUUCAAUAUGUACUUGACCCGCGAGCGCCGCCUGGAGAUUAGCAAGAGUAUUAAUCUAACAGACAGACAAGUCAAAAUCUGGUUUCAGAACCGCAGGAUGAAACUCAAGAAAAUGAACAGAGAGAACCGAAUUCGCGAACUGACUUCCAAUUUUAAUUUCACUUGA